CUUCCAUCGCAGCACUUAUCAUUUCCGAGGUGUGUAUGAACGCAGCAUGACGCCGCCUGUGGUGGCUCAUUACAUUAUCUGGCAACCGGAGUGGCAGCGGACAGAAGAGAGGGGAUCCCCGGGAUUUUUUUACGCCAAAGCCAGCUAAAUACUGACGCCAAACAAGUGAAAACCGCGGGGGAACUCGACCCGGCUCCUCCUAUAUACUCCGGUGAGAGCAGCCAUGUCAGAAGAGGCGGUGCGUCAAACGCGCAGCCAGAAGCGAGCUCUGGAGAGGGACCAUGCAGCUCUUGGCAGUUCCCCGGGGGACAUGGACGGCAAGCGGGUAAAGCUGGAGAGAGGUGAUGCAGCUGGGGCCCCGCUGGCCCUGGUGGGACCUGCAGCUGAGGGCAUGAAGCUGAAGAGUGAGCAGGCUGCUAAGGUAGCAGCCAGCAUCCUGAAGACUGGGGAGGUGAAGGCUACCAUCAAGUUGGAGGUGCAGACUGGAGACGAACCAGUGGAUAUGAGCACAUCCAAAAGUGACAUUAAGAAAGAACAACAGCCGCCUUCUCCAGAUGAUGUGAUUGUGUUAUCAGACAACGAGCCGUCCAGUCCCGUCAUGAACGGCCACUGCUUCACGAAGACGGACACAGAUAAACUCAUGAAGAGCUCACCUGAGGAAAGGGAACGUAUUAUAAAACAGCUCAAGGAGGAACUGAGGCUCCAAGAAGCCAAACUGGUUCUCCUCAAGAAACUACGACAAAGCCAGAUCCAGAAGGAAAGCACUGUACAGAAGGCGAGUGGCUCAGUGGCAACUCCUCCUCCUCUAGUGCGAGGCAGCAUGACAUCCAGUAAAGGACCCCUUCAGGUGACAGGUCGCAGCUCAGGCACGGUGAUCCCCCCACCCUUAGUGCGGGGUGGACAGCACAUCCCGUCCAAACACAACUCUCAGAUCGUGAUGCCACCCUUGGUCAGAGGAGCCCAGCCUAUUGCGGUGACCCCUCAGCAGAUCGCUAGCCUGCGGCAGCACCAGCAGCACAGCGGUUCAGGUCCGCCCCCACUGUUACUGGCGCCCAGGGCUUCUGUCCCCAACGUCCAGAUCCAGGGCCAGAGGAUCAUUCAGCAGGGACUCAUUCGAGUGGCUAACGUGGCCAACAACGUCAUGGGCUCUUCUGGUCUUAAAGGCUCGUCUCCCAGCUCCAGUGUCAAUGAUUCUCCGGCUAGCAGGCAGGCGGCCGCUAAGCUAGCUCUAAGGAAGCAGUUGGAGAAGACUCUGCUGGAGAUUCCUCCUCCCAAACCUCCUGCUCCCGAGUUCAACUUCCUGCCAUCUGCGGCUAAUAAUGAGUUCAUCUACUUGUUGGGGUUAGAGGAGGUGGUUCAAAAGCUACUCGAGAUGCACGGCCGGGGUAAUCUGGGUCCUGCUGCUUCCAUGGCCAGCUCCAAUUCCAAAGACCCAUACACCUGCGCCCAGUGCAAGACGGACUUCACCUCCCGCUGGAGGAAGGAGAAGGCCGGCACCAUCCUCUGCGACCAAUGCAUGUCGUCCAAUCAGAAGAAGGCCCUAAAGGCCGAGCACACAAACCGUCUGAAGGCAGCCUUUGUGAAGGCGCUCCAGCAGGAGCAGGAGAUCGAACAGCGUAUCCUCCAGCAGACGGCCUCUUCAUCCUCCUCCAAAACCACCUCGUCCUCCUCUCCCUCGCUGUCCAAGAGCGAGGUGCUGAUAUCCCCGCAGUACAAGCAGAUCAGGUCUGACUUGCAGCACCGAUCAAUGUCUGCACACCACUCCAUUAAGCAGAGUCAUUUGGCGCACAGCAUCCAGUCUCGUGGCGUGGCGCACUCCUUUACCUCCUCCCAGCUGCAGAACGCGGUGACGGCGGCUGCGCUGGGCAGCAGAGCAGGGAAACACGCUGCCGCUCUCUCACUGCAGCAGGGAGCAAAGGUCAGCGCCAGCAGCAGCGGUAACCAGGGCAACAUGGGAGCCUGGAGGAAGCAGGGCAGUGGGAAUGCAGGGGUGACGAUGGCCUACGUCAAUCCCAGCUUGUCUGCUCAUAAGACCUCCUCUGCAGUGGAACGUCAGCGGGAAUAUCUGCUGGACAUGAUUCCUUCCCGCUCCAUCUCCCAAGCAGCAAACACAUGGAAAUAAUGCAAUCUCUCCCCUCCUCCUGAUGCCACAGCGUUUAGCCCUCCUAAUAUCAAUAACAGCCAUGCUCAUUAUCAUUCUAUUGUUUUCUAUAGACUCUGGCUCGGACGGCCAGGAUAAGAACUCUUUUUCUCGUUGAUCAGAGGUCUAUUUAAACCUUUUCUCGACGCCUUCUUAUGCUACCUUGUUCCUUUUCCGAAUCACUUCCUUAAUGGAGUUGUUCUCCAGCAGCUUCAGGGAUGCAAGGAACAUGUCAUAAACAUCUUCGGGGUACCUUUUGCAAGACUUGGGGACUCGGUGGGCGGCACUUCGGCUCUUCCAACUGUUUACUGAAGAAAGUGGCAAAAAAAAUAAAAAUAAAAAAUAAAAACAACGCUGAGCGUUCCUCCUUAUGGACCACGCAGGGAUUAGCAAUGAUCAUCAUUAUACACACGAUUUGUCCUGCAUCCUGCCCCUCUGCCACCCCCUACCCCCUCCAGCCUGAGCCACUCAGGCCCGCGCGCUGGCCUGACCGAACUCUCCUACGGACCUCAUGACGGGGAUCGUUGAGCUUCGAGGACCAUUCGUAAAAUAUUAACUGCUUUAGCUUUGCAACAAUGAAUAAGACAAACAUAAAAAAAACCUAGACUGACAAGGAAAGAAAAAAAAAAAAAGGAUCUAUCUGCACACAGACUGCCUCUUCUCACCAACCUUCGGCGUGUAAAUUAGAGAAGUUGUCUGUUGGACUAUUUUGUAUGGCUGAAUGUUAGGAUUUUGUCUUCUCUUCUGUAAGUCCUAUGCUGUGUUUGGAAUAUCGUGCUCCCUGACACUUUGGAAGUGGCCUCUUGUUGAGGUCUGAAUAUAAAAAAAAAAGGCUAAUGUUACUGUUGAGGUGGUUUUACAUCUGCUGGUUUCCAUUAUUGUGGCCUAGUUUUAAAUACUUUUUUUUGUCUUUUUGGUAAGAUGAUGAGGAAGAAUAAAGAUUAAGGGUUUCAUUGACUCAUGUUAAAAAAAAAAAAAAAAAAGCUUAAAAAAAGAAAA